CAACGACUUGAUUCGCUCUCAGAAUUUGUUCACUGUUCAGAAGUCGGAAGCUCGAGACUUCGAGACUCUCGGGACUCAGAAUCUCACGAUUUCACUCUCAGAACUCGUUCAGGAGCUUACAAUUACUUGGUUUGGGGCGUUGGGUUUAGUUCCUAGAACUUAGAAGGCUCAGCAGUGCACUCACUGGCCACUGCUCACAUUUUACUCUCUUCUCAGAAGCUCCGUAGUCCGCUCAGUCACUCACUGCCUCGAUUUCACUCUCAGAAGGCAGAACUCAGAAACUCACGAUUUCAUUCUCAGAAUCACAACUCUGCUCAGGUGCUCACUAUUUCUCAUUCUCUGCUACUGUGGAAGUUUCAAGGAAGAUUUCUUCCACGAUGUUACAAUGGAUGGGUGGGUCAAGGAGGAAAGUUGAUACUUCAAGAAGGUCAACACAGAAAAGGCAAAAGCAAUACUUUGAGCAAAGAAAAUGGCAAGAGCAGCAGAAAAAAAAUGCAAGAGAGAGCUUCUUUGAUGAGAAAAGCCCAUGUAAUCAGCAAGAAAAGAAUAGUCGUUCACUUGAUAUUCUGAGUUUACUGAACGUAUCAACAGUUUCUGGGGAACACAAGUCAAAUGUCCACUCAGCAAGUCAUAUUUAUGAGGACAAUCAAAUGCUACAGCCUUCUCCAGUGAUUCAAACAAAAGAAGUCAUUUCUCCAGUGAUUCAAACAAAAGAAGUCAUUUAUCUUGGUUCUCUUCAACAUAAGGAAGGAACUUCACCGAGCUCCCAAGAUUAUGCAGCCUGCCCAAAUCAUACAUCAGUCGGAGCACCUGGAGGGCAUGAGAGAGCUUUGUACAGCACCGAUGACAAAAUAAACCCACUGACGAACUCCACAAACAAACAACUUUCUCUCAUUGACAUACUUGGUGAUGAUGGACCUAACUGCGAGUUGGAAAGUUCAACUCAUGAAGGCCAUGUUGCAUUUACGAUUGAAGGUUUAGGUAAAGUUGAAAUGUCUACCCCAGUCCAUUCACCGCAGCUACCUGGCAGCAGACCCUUGUCAUAUGGUAGGCCCUCAUCCCCAAGGGCUAGGAGAAAAGCUCUCUCAUCUGACUACCUUAACAGAGGGAUAGAUGGAAUUGAACUUGAAUUGGAUAGCAUGAUGGUGGAUGUAGAACUACCUUUUCAUACAAGUCCUUUAGACGGAUCCCCUUGCUCCAGGGGAGUACAAGAUUUACCUGGCAGCGCAGAACACAAGUUACUAGAUACCGAAUGGUUCUCCUCUAAUAAUAAUUUCAAUUAUCUGUACACUUUUGAGAAUGAUGAAAUCUUCGGCAAAAACAAGGAGAGUUCAAAUACAAUUUUGAAUGCAAAUUCCAGCUUCUCAAUUCCUGAAAGCUUUCAUGAAGAUUGUGGUUCACUACCUAAGAGCUACUUGUGUCAUUUAGAUGCUGUUUCCACUGAUUUUUGGAAUAGCGAAAGUUGUGGGAUGCGAGAAUUCAACUUUGAGGACUGUCAUUAUCGGGAUUUUGCCAAUUCUUGUAGUACCAGAAAUUAUGGGAAGCAAUACACUUAUUUUGAUGAAUCUUAUCAUCAGAAGCAAAGGGUCAGGAUGAAAGCCAAAUCAGAAUUCAACAUAAUAGGUGCUUUACAUUUCUGCGAUAAGAGAUGCUCUUUAAAAAGCUAUUCACCUACUCGCUAUUCCAAGCACUUCAAACCAGAGAAUUUCAGUGUCUCGGAUGGAGAAUGGUGUUCCAUGGGAUGUACAAAUCCUCAUUUAAUGGAUUAUAUAGACCGUGUUGAUAGGACAUGGUUUGCAAAUGAAGAUGCAAGAGAUAAUUUGAGUUUAUUGAGCGAAGAAUCAUCCACUGCAGUGGUGGGUGACUUAGACACACAACAAAAGCUGAACUCAAAUAAUAAAAGGAGAAGUCAGGAGGUAUCUGAUGAUAGCAAAGAGACAAAAUUCUGUGAGAAGUUAUUUGCCAAGGAAAGAAACUGCAAGAGGAAUGAUUUUCAGCAAGGAAAGCCAACAAAGUUACGAUGGAUACUGAACCAAUCAAGAGCAAAGCCAGAACAUUAUAAUCCUGUAUUUUAUGAGAAGAGGUCAGACAUGAACAAUGAUGGAUUGAGGGAGGCUAGAUGUGGUCCAGGAGAGUCAAAUUCAAGAUUCAGAUCUCUCUACCAAACUUCAGUGUCCAAAAGACAUGUAUCCACUUGUUCCGACUUCUUGGUUGGAGAUGUCCUUACUGACCAGGAGCCUAAGUUACAAGUUGACUCCCUACUCCUUAAAGGGUCUAUCAAAUAUCCUGGUGAAUAUGCACCCUCAUGUUUUAUGAUGGAACCAAUGACUUUUGAACUAGAUAGCCCCGGAUGCACCUUCAGGAACUUGAUCCAGGAUGCCAAGAACAGAAGUGGUACUGAGGAUUCAUUACAUACUCUCGGUUCCCAUGGCACAGUAACAGGAAAUAUUGUAAGAGAUGUAGGUAAGCUACCUGAUUUCCUGAGCGAUGGAGAUAAAGGUGUUGAUAUCCUACCAUUUCAUAGCAGCCAAUUUGUCCCCAAUACUGAAGUUUCUGGUAAGUGCAAGGGUUUCUCAUCAGGAAAGCAAAAGUCAGUGGAUGGAUCAAGUUCUGUCAAUAAGUGUAGUAACUGUGAGGAACCAAAAGAAAAAACUCCUGAAGUGAAGGACAGGACAAGAUCGUUUAACUAUUCUGAACGUGCAGAAGAAGCAUCUUCAUCUGUAGAGAUAUCCACUGUAUCAAAGGGGGAUCAGGACAGUAUAGAUAAAAAUCAGGAUACCCAAUCUUCACUUAGAUACCAAGCAGGAGAUGAAGUUACAAAAGACGACAGCAGGUCUUCAUCAAAAGAAGGAAUGAUAACUACACGACAAAGUCACAAUGUUCACCAAAAUGGGCAAGUUAUGAUGCUUAACGCCGUGUCCUUCAAUUUUUACAUGUGCAGUUUUUGAAGGAAGCACAGGAUUAAAGAACUUGGACAAUGGAGUGGGGAGAGCAUGGAAGGUCUGACAAGCUUUACAGGGAAGCAAAUGAAGUCUAAAUGCCAAUUAGUGAACUGAGGGCAGAGCAAGGCAACUGGGGCAACAUUAAAAGAUUCACCUGUACUUGGUAUAAACUAUAGCUGACUAAAGUAAAUAAUUCCAAAUGCCUCCUGCUAUUAAUGUACGCUAAGAGGCCAAAAGAAAAAGCUACAUGACUUCAAGAAACGUUCAUAGUGUGUCUUUUAUCUCCUUCAAUUUUUGUUCUCGUGGUGGUCCAGUUAAGUGUUGAGAUAAUGCCAACAAGUAAAAUGAUGUCUGUUUGCUUUCA